GAGCAGCGAUCGUGUGCGACAGUUGGCAAAACUGCCUCUUAUACUCAUUUAUACAUUAUGGUUAACAUUGGCAUUGUUGGUGUGGGUCUUGUCGGCUCCGAAUUGCUUGCACAGCUGAAAGCCAAUGGCUCCAAGCGUUUGAGCGUUGUCGGUUUGACAAGCUCCAAGAAGAUGACCGUGAGCAAUACCGAUUACGCUCCUUUGGACUUGACCAACUGGAAGUCGGACCUUGCUAAUGGCGUCGAUGCCGAUUUGGCGGUUUUCGCAAAGUACUUGUCUGAAUCUCCUGAUCAUGCCGUUAUUGUUGACUGCAGUGCUUCCGAUGCUGUGGCCGCUCUCUAUCCUUCGUGGCUCAAGGCCGGCGUCAGUGUCGUGACUCCUAACAAGAAGGGUUUCUCCGGCUCUCUCUCCUUGUAUAACGAGAUCAAGUCCUUGGCUGCUAACAUGGGUGGUAGCGGCAAGACCCCUCUUGCUUAUCACGAAUCCACUGUCGGUGCUGGUUUGCCUGUUCUCGCCACCCUUGCUGACCUCGUCAAGACCGGCGAUAAGAUUGUCAAGAUCGAAGGUAUCUUCUCAGGCACCUUGAGCUACCUGUUCAACAACUUUUCUUCCUUGGCUGGCGAAACCAAGGGUUCCUUCUCCGAGAUUGUCAAGGUUGCCAAGGAACUCGGUUACACCGAGCCUGACCCCAGAGACGAUUUGAACGGUAUGGACGUUGCUCGCAAGGUCACUAUUUGUGGUCGUUUGGCUGGUGUCGAUCUCGAUUUGUCCACUUUGCCCGUGGAAAACAUCGUUCCUGGUCCUCUUCAGUCGGUUGCCACUGCUGAUGAAUUCAUGGCCAAGCUUCCCGAAUUCGAUGAUCAUUUCGCGAAGAUGAACGAGGAGGCCAAGAAGGAAGGCCAAGUCCUGCGUUACGUUGGUUUGGUGGACGUCCAAGGUGGUAACAGCGGUGUCAAAUUGAUGAAAUACCCUGCUUCCCAUCCCUUCGCUUCUCUCCAAGGCAGUGAUAACAUCAUCAAAUUCACCACUGAAUACUUCCCCAACGGUUUGAUCAUCCAAGGUGCUGGCGCUGGCGCUGCUGUUACUUCGUACGGUAUCUACUCUGAUCUUCUCAAGAUUCAGGAACGUGUUGAAGGUUUCUAGAUUUUAUCUACAAAAGCCCUCAGAUAAUUAUCAUCAUCUUAAACAAAAAUAGAACCAUAAACUGUAAAAUAUUCAUUAUCUCCUGAAUGCCGUGACUUGCAAGUUCGUUCUUUUUAUUUUAUUUCUUCGGUGAUCCUGUAAAGGAAAAAUAUGAAUGCCUAUGGUGUUGAUCUCGAUCGGAAUACCAUUCCCUGGUCAGAACAUCAUCACAUAUAUGAUUGUGCCUCUCACAUACCGUCUAAAUGUUGUUGUAAGUUUUUUGUUUUUUUUUUUAAAAAAAAAUUUUUUUUAUGCAGACUUUAGCUAUUUCCUU